CUGCGGCCUCAAUUUCGCCGACGUGAUGGCGCGGCAGGGCCUGUACGACCGGCUGCCGCCGCCGCCCAUCUGCCCCGGCAUGGAGUGCGCCGGCACCGUCCGCGCCCUCGGCGACGGCGUCCGCGACCGACAGGUUGGCGAUAAGGUAAUGAUCCUGGCUAGGUCUGGGCUCUGGCAAGAAGUUGUGAAUGUGCCAGCCAGUCACACUUUCCCAAUGCCUGAGGGGAUGAGCUUCGAGGAAGCUGCUGCUCUUCUUGUUAACUACAUCACUGCCUACAUGGUUCUGUUUGACUUUGGAAACCUGAGACCCAACCAGAGUGUCCUCAUCCACAUGGCUGCAGGUGGUGUGGGAACUGCUGCCAUCCAGCUGUGCAAGACUGUAGAAAACGUCACCAUUUUUGGCACAGCAUCUGCCUCCAAGCACAAUUUUCUCAAGGAGAGUGGAGUUGCUCACCCCAUUGACUACAGAACGAUGGAUUACGCAGAGGAGAUCCGGAAAAUCUCUCCCAAAGGUGUUGACAUUGUCCUGGACCCUCUGGGAGGAUCUGAUACGUCCAAAGCUUUUAACUUGCUGAAGCCGAUGGGCAAACUCAUCACUUACGGUGCAGCAAACCUGGUCACUGGGCAGAAGAGGAACCUCAUGGCUAUGGCUAAAACCUGGUGGAACCAGUUCAGCAUCACAGCCUUGCAGCUCCUAAGCCAGAACAAGGCUGUGUGUGGCUACCACCUUGGCUAUAUGGAUGAAGAAGAUGAGCUUGUUGGAAGCGUUGUAGCCAAGCUGGUUGACCUGUACAGUCAAGGCAAAAUCAAGCCUAAAAUCGAUUCUGUAUGGCCCUUUGAUCAGGUGGCAGAGGCUAUGAGGCAGAUGCAAGAAAAGAAGAAUGUUGGAAAAGUCAUCCUGGUUCCUGAAGCACCCAAGGAAGAAUCUAAAAAAGCAGAGAACUAAGGAGAAGAGAUGUUGCAGAUUAUGAAUUCAUGAUUUAACUCCCUGAUCUCUUUGGGACCUGGAAAUGGACAGAUCAGUAUCUUCCAUCUUUCACCAGUACAAGAACAUCAUGGUUAUCAUUCAGAUGAGGUUUGCAUGCUCUUGUUGUGACUGACCCUUUGCC